AGUUGUUUCACACUCAAAGAUGGCGGAAGAAGAGAACCCGCUUGCCGAAUUUGAACAAAUUGACUUUUUAAAAGAUCGACAUGUACGAUUCUUUCAAAGAUGUCUUCAAGUUUUACCAGAGAGAUAUUCAUCAUUAGAAACAAGCAGGUUGACCAUUGUGUUCUUUGCGCUCUCUGGUCUUGAUGUCCUGGAUUCUCUUAAUGUAAUAGACAAGCCCAGCUUGAUUGAAUGGGUCUACUCACUACAAGUCAUUCCUACAGAAGACCAAUCCAAUUUAGGACGUUGUGGGUUUCGAGGGUCAUCACACAUUGGAGUUCCAUACAGCACCUCCAAGGGCCCAGGAGUAUCCCACCCGUAUGACAGUGGCCAUGUGGCCAUGACGUACACUGGCCUGGCCUGCCUGGUCCUACUGGGGGACGACCUGAGUCGUGUCAAUAAGGAGGCCUGUCUGAUGGGCCUGAAAGCCCUGCAGCUGGAGGACGGAAGUUUCUAUGCGGUCCCAGAGGGAAGUGAAAAUGACAUGAGGUUUGUGUACUGCGCAGCAUGCAUCUGCUACAUGCUGGAUGACUGGUCAGGCAUGGACAUCAAGAAGGCCAUCGACUACAUCAGGGGAAGUAUGUCGUAUGACAAUGGCAUUGGCCAGGGGGCUGGAUUGGAAUCUCAUGGUGGGUCCACGUUCUGUGCUGUCGCAGCCCUGAGUCUGAUGGGAAAAUUAGAGGAGAUGUUCAGCCAGCGCGAGCUGAACAGGAUACGCCGUUGGUGCAUGAUGAGACAGCAGAACGGCUUCCAAGGCCGCCCCAACAAGCCCGUCGACACGUGCUACUCCUUCUGGGUGGGCGCCACACUGGAGCUCCUAGACGUCUUUCAGUAUACUAAUUUCGAGAAGAACCGGAACUACAUCUUGUCCACUCAGGACCGUUUGGUGGGCGGCUUCGCUAAGUGGCCAGACAGUCACCCAGACCCACUGCACGCCUACUUCGGGAUCUGUGGCCUGUCUCUGAUAGGAGAGGCCAACCUGCGGCGAGUUCACCCCGCCCUAAACGUGAGCCAGAGGGCCUUUGAGUAUCUGCAGCAUCUGCACCGGACGUGGAGAGGCACCUGCACCUGACGGCCAAACCCCUGUGCCCUGCCCCUGCCUCCAAGCACUACCACAGCCCCUAAGCCAUGCACAGCACCCC